AUGUUGUCAUCAUUCGCUCCAUGCCCAGCUGGAGUUCGCCAAGUCUCUGUCAUCUCUCCUAUGCUAUCUAAUGUAUACAUCGAUGGUUUAGAGAAUGAAAUCCCUGCAUACCUAACCGUCGAUACCUCGAAGUAUGCCGAUGACUGCACACUCGAUCAAGCAGUUGGAGCCGGGGAAAUAAGCCAUGUCCAACAGGCUCUAGAUAUUAUCAAAAAUUGGUCGGUGUCGAACAAAAUGAGUAUCAACGUCAAAAAAACAAAGGACAUGUGGAUAUGCUUCACGGAAUCAGUAUUGGAACCUCCUCCUGUUUAUAUCGGUAUUAUAUAA